AUGGAUGCAAAGGAUGUGUUCCAUGAUGAUGAUCAGUAUUCACAGUGGUGCAAGGUCCUGGUGAGUGCUGCCAAGGAUGCCCAGCACAUGGACUGGGCAAAGAAGCUUUUGGUGUUUCAGGAGCCUGUGGACUAUGAGGUGAAGGAGCCGGCCCAGAGCACCAUCAACUUUGGUGGAGGAAGUGGGCAGCAGCAAAAAGAGCAGAAGGCCUUUGAGCAAGGCCAAGAAGCAAAGGAGAAGGAACAGCAAGAGGAGGCUGAGAAAAGGGCAAGAGAAGAUGCAAAAAACAGGGCAGAGAAGGAAGCCAUAUACAGUCAAAGGAAAGAGUUGGAGGUGAUGAUCAGGAAGGAGUUUGAAGAGAAAGCCAGGCAAGAAGCUGAGAAAAGAAAAAGUGAGGAGGCUCAGCUCCAAAUGAGACUGGAGAUUGAGAAGAAGAUCAGGCAAGAGGCUGGGGAGAAAGCAAGACAAGAGGCUGCAGAGAAAGCAAGACAAGAGGCUGCAGAGAAAGCAAGACAAGAGGCAGAGGAGGAGAGAAUAAGACAAGAGGCUGCAGAGAAGGCAAGACAAGAGGCUGCAGAGAAAGCAAGACAAGAGGCAGAGGAGAGAGUCAGACAGGAGGCUGCAGAGAAAGCAAGACAAGAGGCACAGGAGAAAGCAAGAGAAGAGGCAGAGGAGAAAGCAAGGCAAGAGGCUGCAGAGAAAACAAGACAAGAGGCAGAGGAGAGAGUAAGACAAGAGGCUGCAGAGAAAGCAAGACAAGAGGCAGAGGAGGAAGCAAGACAAGAGGCUGAGGAGAAAGCAAGACAAGAGGCUGCAGAGAAAGCAAGACAAGAGGCAGAGGAGAAAGCAAGACAAGAGAAGGAUGCUCAAGAGAAAGCAGAUCGCCUGAAGGAGUAUGCUAGGAAGAAGCUGGAAGAAGAAAAGAACAAGAAAGGGCACACAAAGGCUCAGGUGGAGAGUUUGUUCAGUGGAAAGGAUGGAAAGAAGAAGAAAAACUGA